CGUGGCGAGGCCGGCCCAUAUAGACGCGGCACCGCAGCUGAGCCAGAGCGCGGGUGGCUGCAGGUAGGACGGGCCGAGGCUGUCCCCGCUCCAGGGCGCCCGGAGGCCGAAGCCGCCACUCCAGCUGGGAGAGGACCAUGUGGGCGCCCGAGCUGCCGCUGCUGACCCCGCCGGCGGCGCUGGCGGCGCUGCCCGCGCUGCUGCUGGCGCUGGCCGUGCGCGGGGCGGCGGCGGGCGCGCCCACGUACCCUUGGCGGGACGCGGAGACGCGGGAGUGGCUGGUGUGCAGCCAGUGCCCCCCGGGCACCUUCGUGCAGCGGCCGUGCGGCCGGGACAGCCCCACGACGUGCGGCGCGUGCCCGCCGCGCCACUACACGCAGUUCUGGAACUACCUGGAGCGCUGCCGCUACUGCAACGUCAUCUGCGGGGAGCGCGAGGAGGAGGCGCGGCCGUGCGGGGCCACCCACAACCGCGCCUGCCGCUGCCGCCCCGGCUUCUUCGCGCACGCCGGCUUCUGCCUGGAGCACGCGCCCUGCCCGCCCGGCGCCGGCGUGGCGGCCCCCGGCACUGCCAGCCGAAACACGCAGUGCCAGCCGUGUGCGCCGGGCACCUUCUCGGCCAGCAGCUCGAGCUCCGAGCAGUGCCAGCCACACCGCAACUGCACGGCCCUGGGCCUGGCGGUCAACGUUCCGGGCUCCCCCUCCCAUGACGCGCUGUGCACCAGCUGCACCGCCUUCCCGCUCGGGGAGCUGGAGUCUGGAGGACCAGGACAUCUCCUUCAAGAGGCUCCUGCGGCUGCAGCAGGCCCUGAUGGGCCCCAGGGGACAGAGUCUGACACCCAGGGAGGGCCGAAUGGCCUUGCAGCUGAAGCUGUGGCAGCAGCUCACGGAGCUCCGUGAGGCGCGGACUGAGCCGCUGUUGGCAAGGCUGCUGCAGGCACUGCGCGAGGCCAGGCUGCCUGGGCUGGAGCGCACCAUCCGAGAGCGGUUCCUCCUGGCUCACUGAGCACCCCCUUAUUUAUUCUACUCCCCGGCCAUGCCCUCCGUGGGCACUGCCCCCAGCCUUGCCAAAGGAGGCUUCUGACCAGGCUCCUGUUGUGCUAAGAGUUUAUUUUUUAUAAAGCUGUGUGUCAAACUGA